AUGCGCGGGGCCGGCCCGGCGCCGGGGCGGGGAAGCGCCGCGUCCCCGGCACGGGGCAGCGCGGGGGCGGCGCGGGCGGGGCGGGGAGAGCGCGGGGCAGCCGGCCUCCCGCCGCUGCUGCUGCUGCUGCUGCCGCUGCUGCUGCCGCCCCCGGCCGCGCCGGCCGCACAGAGCUGCCUCAGCAGGCAGCAGCUCCUGGCUGCCAUCCGGCAGAUGCAGCAGCUGCUCAAGGGGCAGGAGACGCGGUUCUCCGAGGGGCUGCGCGCUGUCAGGAGCCGCCUGAGCACCAUCCACGCCUCCCUGGCCAAGGCCGCCCCUGAGCCGCCCGCCGCCGCGUGUCCUGCCCUCCAAGCCCCUGCGGAUGGGAGGAAGUUCGGCAGCAAGUAUUUGGUGGAUCACGAGGUUCACUUUGCCUGCGACCCAGGCUUCCAGCUCCUGGGCUCCAGCACACGGAUAUGCCAGGCCAACGGCAGCUGGACAGGGCAGGAGGCCCGCUGUGCAGAGAUCAGAGAGUGCUCGAGCAGCCCCUGCCAGAAUGGUGGGACGUGCCUGGAGGGUCUCAACCACUUCAAAUGCCUCUGUCCCCCGCAGUGGACCGGAACCACCUGCCAGUACCAGGCUCAGACUGCUCCUCCCACCUGGAGCGUGACGGACGACCCGGCCUUCAGCCGGCAGCCCCGCUGUGCCCAGAUCGCCCAGACCCAGCAGUGCAGCUGCGAUCCCGGCUUCCACAUGAGCGGCACGGCUUCCAACGGGAUCUGCCAGGACCUCAACGAGUGCGAGGUGUACCGGCAGCAAGGGGGACCCCGGCUCUGUGCCCACGCCUGUGUCAACAUUCCCGGCUCCUUCCGCUGCUCCUGCCCUGCUGGAUACGUCCUGCUGGGCGACGGCAAGAGCUGCGAAGAUAUUGACGAGUGCUCCCUGUCCCAGGAUAACUGCACAAGCGGGAGCACCUGCAUCAACACCGGGGGGGGAUUCCAGUGCGUCACCCCCCAGUGUCCCCCGGCCGCCGGAAACGUCUCCUACGUCAAAACCUCCCCCUUCCAGUGCGAGCGCAACCCGUGCCCCAUGGAGAGCCGCUCGUGCCACCAGGCGCCCAAAACCAUCUCCUUCCACUACCUGCCCCUUCCCUCCGGGCUGCAGACGCCGGCGCCGCUGUUCCGCAUGGCCACGGCGGCGGCGCCGGGCCGGCCGGGCCCCGACAGCCUGCGCUUCGGCAUCGCGGGCGGCAAUGAGCGCGGGCACUUCGUGGUGCAGCGCUCGGACCGGCACACCGGGGAGCUGCUGCUGCUGCAGAGCCUGCGCGGGCCCCGCACCGUCCACGUGGACGUGGACAUGGCCGAGUACCUGGACAGGGCGUUCCAGGCCAAGCACCUGUCCAAAAUCACCCUCUUUGUCUCGGCUUAUGAGUUCUAGGGGUGGGUCCUGCUCCCUGCUCAGCAUCGCGUGGAUCGCGGGGAAUGUCCGGGUUGGAGCUGCUCUGCAGAUGUCCGGCCUUCCCCGCUCUGUCCCAAAGUUCUUCUUCCCAUGUGGAUUUACACCACCAAAUGAGGUGGACAAGAUCAUCCUCAUCCCAGCUCCAGAGAGGUGAUGUCCUGCAACAGCAGAUGGAAACCACAGCCGUGAUUUCCUUUGAAUUCCUGUUUUUUUCCUUUAGGAAGCAGUGAAGCCAAGUGUGUGGGAAGAGGGAGGCUCAUGGCCUUUCCUGCUCCCCUCCCUUGUUGCACCCAGUCCUGCUCCCUAAAAACACACUUCCACUUCCCUCUGGAUGCUGAGAAUCCCCCUGGCAGCCUGUAGGGAUUGAGACCUGGUGCCUCAAUCCCCUGGGAUUGAUCAGGGCUGGAACACUCCAUGAACACCCACCUGGGCAUCCUCCUUGGCAAGUGGGGCAAAGGAGAAAUUCCAGGGCUAUCCCUGCUCCUUAAACCUCUCAAAUGGGGAUUCCCCAUGGAUCCUCUUCAUAGCAGAGCUUCAGCCGCAUAUGGAGGUGGGAAUUUUCCCUGCUCUAUCAGUCAGAGCCUCCAUCCUGGCAUAGGAAUGCUGGGAAGAGCUGGGAUUCAGCUUUUCCCAGGGGGAUUCACCCUCCUGCUUGUGCAUGUUCUGCAUGUUCCCUCAUCCCACUGGAUUUAUACAAUUAAAGGAUGAUGUAAAGGA